CGUGACUUGCGCGCACCAUACGCGUCAUAUAAACACGCAUGAUUCGGUUAUGGUUGUUUUAUUGACUUAGACAUUAUACGUUGUUAAAAAAAUUAAAUAAAAGUAAGCAAACGUGUUAUAAAGCGCAAUGAAGGUGAAAGUGCUUUGUCGGAAUCCGGACGAUUACGUUCGAGAGACGUCAAGAGAUAUCCAGCGUGUUCCCAGGAAUUAUGAUCCCUCUCUACACCCGUUCGAGGUGCCGAGAGAGUACACCAGAGCCCUGAAUGCCACGAAGCUCGAUCGGAUAUUCGCCAAGCCCUUUGUGGCAUCGCUGGAUGGUCACAGAGAUGGCAUCAGCUGCAUUGCCAAGCACACCAAAAGUCUGUCUACGGUGUUGUCCGGCGCCUGCGAUGGACAGGUAAAGGUCUGGAACCUGAGCAAGAGGGAAUGCUUGAGGACGAUUCAAGCUCACGAGGGCUUCGUCAGAGGAAUAUGCUCGCGCUUUUGCGGGACUUCAUUUUUCACGGUAGGAGACGAUAAGACCAUUAAGCAAUGGAACAUGGAGCCCCCUGGUUACGGUGUGAGAGAGGAACCGAUCACUACUAUACUUGGCAAGACUGUAUCUACUGGCAUUGAUCAUCACCAGACUGAAGGCACUUUUGUAACAUGCGGCCAGACGGUGGACAUCUGGGAUGAGCAGAGGAGCAGCCCCAUUCGCUCCUUCAGCUGGGGGGUGGACAGCUUCAGCUGUGUUCGCUAUAACCCCAUAGAGACGGAGCUCCUUGCCAGCUGCGCUUCGGAUAGAAGUAUCAUACUGUACGACAUGCGAGAGUCGACUCCGCUUAAAAAGGUUGUAAUGCAAUUAAGAAGUAACACACUUUGCUGGAACCCCAUGGAGGCAUACAAUUUCACAUGCUCCAAUGAGGAUUAUAAUCUGUACAGCUAUGAUAUGAGGCGUCUGGACACACCUGUUAUGAUACAUAUGGACCACGUCUCCGCCGUGUUGGACCUGGACUACUCGCCCACAGGAAGAGAGUUUGUGUCGGCCAGUUUUGACAAGACGAUUCGCAUUUUCCCCAAAAACCGCGGCCACAGCAGGGAGGUGUACCACACCAAACGCAUGCAGCACGUCAUCUGCGUGAGAUGGUCAGCGGACAACAAGUACAUCCUGAGUGGCUCAGACGAGAUGAACAUCCGCAUCUGGAAGGCCAACGCCUCAGAGAAACUGGGAGUGCUCACAAACAGAGAAAAGGCUGCCAUACAUUACAACCAGAAGCUGAAGGAGAAGUUCCAGCACCACCCGCAGGUGAAGCGCAUCGCCCGUCAUCGACACCUGCCAAGAGACAUCUUCAAACAGAAACGAGAGCUGCGGGAGAUGAAGGAGGCAAAACGCAGGAAGGAACAAAACGUACGCAAACACAGCAAGCCGGGCUCCGUUCCCUUGGUGACCGAGAAGGAGAAACAUGUGGUGACUGUAGUGGAAUAGCACGUCAGUGCCUAGAGGAGCUUCAAUCACUCUCUCUCUUUCUCUCUCUUACACACACGUACAUUCAUAUUAAAAGACUUUUACUCCAAUCUGCUCUGCGCUGUUGCCGUUCUGAGACGUUGUCAGCAGUUCCAGCUGAUUUGCAGUGUCUACAUUGUGGUAGACUGUCUCAGGAUCAGCCGUAUUUUUUCAUCAGAAUUUAGUAAAGGAUACUUUUGAGAUCUGAUUCUUGAUAUCAUUAUCAGACCUAUUUAAGUUUAUACACUCAGCAUGAGAUACUCACAAUUAAUAAUAAAAUGUUGAGUUUAU